AUGGGUUUAUAUACUAAACUCGCUAGCGACAUUACCGAAGUUGACGUUAUCAUCGCUGGAGGCGGAACAGCAGCAUGUGUCGUUGCCGGUCGUUUGGCGGAGGCUGAUCCAAAUCUGUCUAUCCUUCUAAUUGAAGGUGGGCAAGAUAACCGUGGGGUUGAGAGCAUUGAGAACCCUGUGUUCUUCUUGGAUCAUUUGCUGCCAACCUCCACCACGACCUUGUUCUACAAGGCAAACAAGUCGGACAAACUGGCUGGACGCGAGUCCAUCGUUCCCUGCGGUGGAACACUUGGUGGAGGCUCGUCAAUCAAUUUUAUGAUGUACACUCGUGCUCAGCGAGCGGAUUUCGACUCUUGGAAGUCCCCAGGAUGGUCUGCCGAUGAGAUCUUCCCGUUUUUGAAGAAGCUUGAGACAUACCAUGGCCGAGGUAACCCGGAACACCACGGCUUUAACGGCCCGGUCCAUAUCUCUGACGGUACAUACCGUUCCAAGAACCCAGAAAGCGAUUUCAUCAACGGUAUGUCUCAGGUCGGCUGGCCAGAGCAUCAUGACUUGCAAACUCUCGACGCCAACAAUGGUGUUGAGCGAUGGCUCCGAUAUGUUUCCAAGGAUGGUCGUCGGCAAGAUACUGCUACUGCUUAUCUUCAUAAUAAGAUCGACAACAAGAAGUAUCCGAACCUUCAUGUCCUUGUGGAGUCCAAGGUUGUUCGUGUUCUUCUUGAUGACGAUAAGAAAGCUGUUGGUGUCGAGUACACUCCCAACCCAGCAUUCCAAGCUCAAAUCACACCAACCCAACAUCCGACAUUGAGUGUCAAGGCUCGGAAGCUGGUCGUUGUUUCAUGCGGUGCUCUGGGCACACCACCUGUUCUUGAGAGGUCAGGUAUCGGUGCCCCUGAAGUCCUCAAGAAAGCUGGUGUCGACGUAAAGGUGGAUCUGCCUGGCGUUGGCCAUGAGUAUCAGGAUCACAACCUCAUUCUGUACCCUUACAGGACCAAUCUCCAACCCCAUGAAACAGCCGACAGAAUUCUCAGAAACCCCGACAAGCGCCCGGAGUUUAUCAAGUCAAAGGAUUCUAUGUUGGGAUGGAAUGCUAUCGAUAUCUCUUCUAAGCUCCGGCCUACAGAAGCUGAUGUUACUGCACUUGGGCCUGAGUUCCGGAAGGCUUGGGAUCGGGACUUCAAGGACCACCCCAAUCGACCUUUGAUGCUUAUGGGCAUGAUCUCUUGCUUCCUUGGAGAUCCUUCAACUGUUCCCGAAGAGCAAUAUGUUACCGUCGGUAACUACACGGCGUACCCAUACUCUCGCGGCCACGUCCAUAUCACCGGCGCAGGACUCGACGACCCUCUUGACUUCGAUGUUGGAUUCCUCAGCGACGAGAAUGACAUUGACUUGAAGAAGCAGAUCUGGGCUUACAAGAAGUCCAGAGAGAUCAUGCGUCGAACAAAGAUGUAUCGUGGUGAGAUUGCAGCUGGUCACCCAGCAUGGCCCGCAGGUUCCAAGGCCGCUUCAGUGGAGAUCAACGAGGCUCUCAGCAAUGUCACAGAUCUUGAGUAUUCAGCGGAAGAUGACAAGGCCAUUGAGGAGUGGGUUCGACAGAAUGUUGCCACGACAUGGCACUCCAUCUCUACUUGUAGGAUGGCACCUCGUGAUGAGAAUGGUGUUGUCGAUGAGAGACUGAAUGUGCAUGGUACCAAGGGUCUGAAGUUGGCUGACCUGAGUAUUCCUCCGGAGAAUGUCGGUGCGAACACGAACAAUACUGCCAUUGUUGUCGGUGAGAAGGCUGCAGAUAUCAUCAUCAAGGAUCUGGGUCUCGGUCCGUCGGCUAAGUUGUGA